GUCAACGGGAAUCGCGUUCGUUGCCUAAGUCAUUUGAUUUUCACUUUUAACUGUUUUGGAAGACGCGCGCGCGCGCGUUGCGUUAAACCGUUACCGUUACGGUUUUGCUACAUAUAUCUUUUUGUGGCUGUUACGACGGAUUAAAUGCCAGGCACUGCAAUAAAGUGAAAGGGGCAACGCCAGCUUUAACAAACCCAAGCAAAACCAUGACAAGCCUCAAUUAGGCCGCUUAACGCUUUCGCAUUCGAACGCCUCGAAAUAGCCCAUUGAAACAUUUUGAAGCAUCCGAGAACAUAACCAGAACUAGAACUAGAACUAGCCUGUCAUCGCCUCGCACCACUGACCCACACACGAAAACACAGACAGCAGCUGUUGAAGCCAAAGCCAAGGCCGACUGCCCACAAAACACAACGAAAUCAAAGCUUAUUUUCUUUUUGGCCAACAAUAACAACAACAACGCGAUCAUGAAUUAUCAAAAGGCCAGUGAAACGCAUUCACCGUCCCCGUUCAAGAAGCCGAAACGGCCGACGACGGGCAGCGUUAAAGCCAACGGCAACGGGAACAGCAUACAAAACUUUUGGAACGAACGCAUCAUGGAGCGCUUCAUAAAGGCGAAUCUAUUCAUUAUCUGCUGCGUGGCGGCGGGCCUCUUGCUGAUUGUCUACCUGGGCGCCUUCUCGUGUGAGGUCUCUUGGCUGCUGGAGGCGCACGGCGAGCUGCCCAUCGCCGCCUACGCGCUGUGCUCCCUGUACUUUGUGAUGUUCGUGGCGACGACCAUAUUGAUCCACGGCCUGGUGAGCGGCCUGUGCUGGCCGCUGUUCGCCUGGUCGGCGGCAAUCGGACUGCUGUCCAUACCGGAGCUGGUGCUGGUCAUGCUAAUGACCACGCAGCAUUGGGGCCUGCAGUCGGUGCACGGCUUGACGGAGCUGACCUCCUAUUUGAUACGCUUGAUUAUCAACUGCUUGGCGCUCAUCUGUGUGAUACCCACGGGCAUCAAGUGGCGUCGCGAGACGCAGGUGCUCAGCCAGCUGCAGGGUCUGGCCACGCGGCUUUCACUGCAAACGCCUGCGCCCAGCGUGCCCAUGACCAAGGCGGAUUCGCGCCGCUCCAGCCAGCGGCUCGGCGGCUUCGAGAAUGCCGGCUACCAGCUGUGCGAUGAGACCAAGCUGCCCCUGGGCGCUGGACACCUGAACAACGGAAACGCGGGCCAGCUGUUCGGCUCGCAGAACGAGUUCAAUGCGAGCAUGUUUGCCCCAGCGCUCGCCCAGCAGUUCAGCAAUGGAGCACAGAGGAGCAGCGGCAGCGGGAACGGCAACGGCGGACAUCGUGCCCAAUCGCUGAUGGAUUUGCGCUGUACGCUGCCGGGCAUGUACAAUCCGCGGCAUGUGCUGGACACGGAGGACAAGAAUGCGAAGUACUUUAACAUAACCAUUGACGAUUUGAAGAACAAUCUGCAUGACUCGCACCGGCCGUCGCCGCCGUCGCUAAUUGGGUCCACCAACAACGAUCCCAUCUACUGCUCCAUUGAGCCCAAGCAGCUGACACCGCCGCCGCCAGCCCAGCUGCGCCACCAUCAGCAGCAGGGGCAGCGCGGCAAGUCGCCGCCCACAAAGCUGACGCGCAACUGCAUCUCGCUGGAGAAUCUGGAUGGCAUCAGCAAGGUGCACAACGAUCUGGCCGCCUAUGGCAAUAAUCUGCUGCAGAACUAUACGCAGCAGCAGCAAUACUAUCUGGCCAUGCUGCUCAACAAUCCGCUCCAGCAGCAGGCGGCGGCGGCGGCAGCUGCCAAUCUGUAUCGUCGUCCCUCCGCCUGCAGUGCGACGGGCAGCUGCUCGGUCCUCGCGCAGCCGCUGCAGCGUCGCGGCUCCCAGCAUCAGCAGCAACAGCAGCAUAUGCAGUACUACGGCGGCUUCGGCUAUGCCAACUAUGCGAAUCCCUAUAUCACGGCCAACAGCAAGCUGUCGCUGGGCAACGAGUCCGACGACUAUCGCAAGUAUCGCGAUGUGGCUCUCUAGAGACUAAGCUCCA